CAAAGACAGAGUAACCGCAGAGGACUCCAGAGGCAGCCUUGCUCCGUUUCCUCUUUGCACUGUUCAGGCCCUGCGGGAGCCCGGGAGGUGGCGCAGCCCAGCUCUGAGGCCCAACGGGACCACCUGGGGCACGCUUGCCGGACUGGACAGUGGAAACCACCUCCUGACCUGGAUUGACAGCCCUGACCAUACAGCACUCCAGGCCGGAGAACUGCUACAAGGGUUAGCGUUCCAUCCUUGGGGGUCCAUGUGCCCACCCCAGACCCAGGCAGAGGUGGGUUCCGCCAUGACUGAGAAAGCAGAGAUGCCGCCGUGCGCCUCCGACCCGGAGCCUGCUCCUGUCCCCAAGCCCGCCUCACCUGGGCCCCCUCCUGCAGAGGUGGAUCACCGAAGCACGUGCACCCCCUGGCUGCCUCCAGGUGUGCCGGUGAUAAACCUGGGCCACAGCAGGCCCACAGGGGCAGCCGUGCCUACCACAGAGCUGAGUGCCCUGCGGCCCUCCCUGCUGCAGCUAGCUGCCUUCGGAACGGCUCCGCCCACCCUGGCCCUGCAUUACCACCCCCACCCCUUCCUCAACAGCGUCUACAUUGGACCAGCAGGACCCUUAGGCAUCUUCCCUAACAGCCGGCUGAAGCGAAGGCCAAACCACGGUGACCUGGGCUUUGCUGAGGGGCACCAACCCCAGAAGGUGGCUCGUCGCGUGUUCACCAACAGCCGAGAGCGCUGGCGGCAGCAGCACGUUAACGGCGCCUUCGCCGAGCUCAGGAAGCUGCUGCCCACCCACCCGCCCGACAGGAAGCUGAGCAAGAACGAGGUGCUGCGCCUGGCCAUGAAGUACAUCGGCUUCCUGGUGCGGCUGCUGCGAGACCAGGCGGCUGUGCUGACCUCGGGCCCCAGCGCUCCCGGGCCCCGUAAGCCGCCCGCGCACCGGGGAAUGGAGGGUGGCGCGCGCUGCGGGGCCCGACACAGGGUAGAGUCUGCGCGCUCGCAGCCCGUGCUUCCUGGGGACUGCGAGGGCGGCCCCAGUGGGUCGCUGCGACCCAUCAAGAUGGAGCAGACAGCUCUGAGUCCUGAGGUGCGGUGACCCAAGGCAGUGGCGCCUCGCCUGCUGCGCAGUGAACUCCCAGUAAAAGGGACAGAGGUAGCCCAGAUCAGGAAACGCCCUGUGGCUCUGGAAAGGUGACCGGCGCCUCGGGGGCCCCUCCGACUUUACAAAAACUUUCCACAGGCUUCUUGAGGUGGCCUUACCAGUGUCCUCUUCCCUGGGCCGAGGCUAGAGCACCAACAAAGCAAAGUGACUAUGGGAUCUUUAGGGGUGCUUCGACGGGUAGGGAAGGGUCUGGAAGCCUUCUCGCCUGCGCCCCCUGCUGGAGGCGGGACGCCCCUGGACAGUGUGUGGGAAGACCCACCCCACUGAGCCCAACGGGUUGCACUUGAUCCAUGAUCCUGUUAACCGCGUUAACGAAGACUCAGGCGCUCUUGCA